UUCCAAGUGUUCUGCAGCCCCGAAUGGCGUCACCUGAUUGGCUGAGAGCCUAUCAAUCAUGCCUUUAGCCGCACCCCUCCCCCCAUUCAACCACUCGCCUCUCCGUUCCAGUGUGUUUACUACACUGCCGAGCAAAAGGGAGACACUCGUCUUCACAUGCACUGAACCCACUAAAAAGAACAGUUUGUAGUUGUAUUUGUAAGAAAACCUCCAAGAGCUCAACAUGCCCAAGAGAAAGACAGCGGUAACAGAAGGAGGAGACAAGGAUGGCGGGCCCCAGAGGAGAUCAGCUCGGUUAUCAGCGAAACCAGCCCCACCCAAGCCGGAACCAAAGGUCAAGAAGGCAGCAAAGAAAGAAAAGGCUGUGAACGAUAAGAAGGAGGACAAGAAGACCAAGAAGGCGAAGGAGAACGCAGAGGCGGAGGCAAACGAGGAAAACCACUCUGAGAACGGCGAGGCCAAGACCAACGAGGUGGAGGACGCCCCCGAGGAGGCCAAGGAGGAGGCCAAGUCCGAGUAGCACCAACGCCCUAGCUUCCUCCUCCUCCUCUUCAAUCCCUGUCCCUCCCCCCAAACCCCCAGCCAGCCAGCCAGCCCCCCCAAGUCUCUCACAUGGUUUCCCUCCAAGGCGUAUUGUUAACAGAGGAAUAUUUUUAUCAAUGAUUUUAUAAGUAUCCGUACAGAUUUUUAGCACAAAAAGCAAAGCUGAUUAUGGAGCGCCUUGCAGAUUUGCAGUGGUCAUAUCAAGUGUCUGCAAGCAAGAUGAACACACUAAAAUCUUUUUUAAAUGGCAUUUCAUGAUUAUUGAAGGCUUGUUUGGUGUAGAAAGUGUGUCCCUGCCGGAUUGGCUAUGUUGUGAGUUGUGUAUUCCUGUGUUUUUCCCCUCUGUCCUCCUCCUCCUCUCUUCUUCCUCCACAGAUUAGACCCUCCUCCCCCUACAGUUCAGCCUUUAUCCAUGUUUUAUUAUAACGGUUCAGCCAUGUUAAUGUGGGUGAUUCUUUUAGACCUCCUAAAUGUGCAGUGAGUUCCCUAUUUGCUUCUGUCUCGUUUUUUUUUUUUUUUUUUUUUUUUU